AUGGCGGAGGCGCGUAUUUUCACAGUACGGCCUCUGGCGAAACAAGUACGCGGCGACCUACGUGAAUCGUUUCGCAUUUACCUAUCAACAGCAUCGCUCGCAUAUCUGAAACUAUCCCCGGGAAACCUCUGCUCUCUUCACGUUGAGGGAGCCACUGAGAAGAAGACCGCAAUUGCAUGGAACGCCGUCGAGCCCAUCAAGAACACCGUGAUCCAGGCGUCGGGCACGUUACAGGAAUUGUAUGGGAUCAAGCUGGGAGAUAAGCUUACCAUCACAAAGGUGGAAAGCGCACAUAAUGAGGCUGAGACAGUAUUUGUGGAAGAAUGCACUACCCCCGAAAAGCUAUUCAAAUAUGGGCCAUUGUCGGACGCUGACUUGAGACAUUGGGAAUGGACUCUCGAGUUUCCGCUCCUUCAGUGCGAAAUUAUCACCAUCGGUCUCGGUUUUGAUGUUGAGCUCAAGGGACAACGUAGGAGCUUCAAGGUCGCUAGGAUAUCGGCUCCGGGUGUUGCAGACCAGACUAUAUCUCGUUUCACAGAGCGUUCUGUCGUCAAAAUUGGCGGCGAUGGCGGUUCAGAAACAGUCGAACAUCCUAUUGCUGCUACCCUUGAAGUUAUAAACUCUGGUCUGGGUGGUUUAUCGAGUCAGAUCAACAAAAUAAAUCAAAUUUUGGUAGACUUCAACACGCAUGGCCUUUCUGCCUCUAUGCCUGAUUUCUACACGCUAAGCCGAGGAAUCCUCAUAUAUGGUCCAAAGGGAACGGGUAAAACUUCUCUACUGCAGCGAAUUGGCUCUGCUGGAUGGAAAAACACAUUCACCGUUCGGUCAUCAUUGUUGCAAACAAGUUCUGGGGAUGGCGAAGCGCAACUGCGCAAAAUCUUCAAAGAGGCGUCCAGCUCGCAGCCCAGCGCUAUUAUUGUCGACCAAAUCGAAUUCAUCGCGCCAAAGCGAACGUCUGCUCGAGAAGCAUCUUCGCUGUCGCAUGCCCUAUGCGAAUGCAUUGAUUCAUUAGGCAAAGACAAGGUCCUUGUGGUGGCAGCAACUCGUCACCCAAACGACGUUGACGAUGCUCUGAGAACACCUCAUCGAUUAGCAGUAGAGACUGAGAUCUCGGUCCCAACUGCAGCUGCUAGGAGAGAAAUUUUGUACGCAAUUCGAGGCGACUCUCCCGAACCGAAUGAUUCUCUCAUAGAUCUCAUGGCGGAAAAGACGCAUGGCUAUGUCGGUGCUGACCUUUUUGCUCUCCUCCAAACAUCUUGUCGUAAAGCACGAGAUCGGAUCCUUGAUAAUGGCGCAUUGGUGGGUUCGGAACCAGCCUCUGAUGACACGGCGCAAAAUAGUCCGUUCGAUCUACGAGAAGACGAUAUUCUCCAGGCCAUGCAGGAAAUUAGGCCUACUGCAAUGAGAGAGGUCUUCCUAGAGACGCCAAAGGUGAGAUGGACAGAUAUCGGUGGGCAAAAGGAGCUCAAACAGCACCUAAAGAAAGUGGUGGAACGACCCUUGAAGUUUCCCGAGAGGAUGCAGAGACUCAAUGUCAGAAGCAAAAAGGGAGUCUUACUCUACGGACCCCCGGGUUGCUCAAAGACGCUGGUUGCCAAAGCAUUGGCAACGGAGGCUGGGCUCAAUUUUCUCGCUGUCAGAGGUGCUGAGAUACUCAACCAGUAUGUCGGAGAAUCAGAACGUGCCCUGCGUGAGAUAUUCUCAAAGGCCCGUGCUGCCAGGCCCAGCAUAAUCUUCUUCGACGAGAUUGAUGCCAUUGCCGCCAAACGAAGCGGCUCCCAAGGAGGCGUAAAUGUCCUAACCACCCUUUUGAACGAGAUGGAUGGUAUCGAAGAGCUAAGAAACGUGCUUGUUGUGGCAGCGACCAACAAGCCAGACGUAUUGGAUCCUGCGUUAAUGCGUCCUGGGCGCUUGGACAACAUCGUAUACGUUGGACCACCCGAUUUUGAGGCUCGCAAAGAAAUAUUCUCUAUAUGGAUGAAAAAGUCCGUCAUCGGUCCGGACGUUGAUGUGGAUGAACUUGCCAUAAACACAGAGGGGUAUUCUGGUGCAGAAAUCAUCAGUCUCUGUGAGACUGCUGGUGAGGCCGCUCUAGAUGAUGAAGACACGACGAAUGAACCGCAAGAUAUCAUGCAGCGUCACUUUGAUAUUGCUUCUAAACGAGUCAAGAGCCAAUUGACGAGCGAGCUCAUCAUGGAAUACGAGGAAUGGAGCAAAUUAUCUGCAUUUUAG